CUCUUCUCACCAUUAUAAAUUUGCACAGCCAACAAUACCUAUGUAAUACGAUAUCUUCCUCCUCACGAAACAUCACGCUACAAGUGCUUGCAAAGACACCCAGAACAAAAACCGUGAACAACAAAAAGACAGCGAUUGCCAAAUCCAGCGAAGCAAAGUGCCGCGGACCACGCUACACCACGCUAAAGACGAACCAUUGGAGCCCCACGGUGCCGAUCAACACUGACAAAACGACGAAAUUGCACAAAAGUAGAUACAAAACGCUACACACAACCAAAGCGACAAUGUCGUUCUCCUCAGACAUGUCGAGCUCUUCAGCCGACUCACUAGGCGGCGUCUCGACGGCGCCCAGUUCUCCGCCCAGCGGCCUGCCUGACUCACAAUUCUACGGCUGCCGAACUUCGCACCCGCCCCCGCAACCCAACUACAAGACGCUCGAAAAGCUCCUGCUCUCCAGCGUCACUCUGGCACGCAGAUCCUUUACGCGGCAUUCUACUUUUGGCAUCGGUACGCCGACCGCGCAUUACCUCAGUUUGCAUGCGCGAGUCAAUAGGUUUCUGAAGAAGUAUCGGAAACACGACUUUGUACAGGACGGGACGUAUGGAUAUGUGGUGGAGAUCGGGAUCUUGCUGAGGCUCGCGGAAAGUGCGCUGGGGAUGGCGCAUCGUGAAAUCAUCGGCCUAGAGUGCGAGGAGCCGGAAAAGCAGCAGGACGAGAGACAGAAGCUGGAAAAGAGAUGUAGCCGAGACGUUGACUAUCUGGUUUUUGGGGGGAGAGAUUUGGACGUGGGAAGGCUGCCCUGGAAUCUGACGAGUGAAGGAGCAACGCAAGAGGCGUGAAUGGGCUUGGUUGGAUUGAUUGACGCUUUUUGAUGGACUACACGGUGUUACGGCGUGCGGGUUUAGCGUGGCG